UAAUAACAAGUAAAAUCUUUUUAUUCCAAUGAAACCGUGUUUUAUAUUUUGUUGCUUACACAUGUAAAAGCAACAAAAGUAAAAUCUUCAUUAAUCUAUCUCCAUUCGAGACAUGACACGACCUCAUCCUUCGACCUUUAACGACCAAAAUUUAAUAGUAAUCAAUAUUUCAAUAUACAAACCUCCCGGCAAAAUUUAGAAAUUUUCGACGAAAGGCAUAGAAAUAGAAGUUAUUAAGCUUCUAUAUGGACGAAAAAAUCGUGCCCCUCAAAUACACACUAGAAUCCAUACAUAGACAAAAAACUCCCGAAUUUUUUUUGUUUGCAUUUCUCGACAUUUCAAGGCCCCCUGAGUCGAAAAAUAUAAAAGUGUUGGGGUGAGUUUUUGAUCGAUCGCCAUACUUUCCCCCUGUUGUAUAUAACUCCCAGGAAAGUAAAAUGCAUCGUUAAAUAUAUCGGGAAAUUCGAUAAAUAAUAGAUAGAUACAUAGUAAUUUCUUGAAGCCAAAUAUUUAUUUGUUUACACUUUCACCUACAAUACACUUAUAUUUUCAUAUAUUAAAGACAAAGGCAUAAAAUAUUUUUAUUUAAACCGCAAAUGUAGUUUAAGAUUUAAGUUUAAGUUUAACAGAUAAAUGACUGUAGUAAUUAAGUAAAUAAUCUGUUAAAUGACUAGUGAGGUAAUUUUUGCAUUUGAAGUCAAAAUUUUAAAAUUACUGGUUAUUUAUCGGUAAUUUUACAUUUUGAAAAUUCACCGUAUUGCCGGUAAUAUAAAAGUCAAUAAAUUUGCAAUCCCUAUUAUAUAUCUAACAAAUACACUUUCAAUUACUAUGUUUUAUCCUGGAGAAAUAAAAAAUAAAUUUAAAAUAGUCUAUGUUACAGAACAGGUUACAUAAUAAUUAUUCAGUGUUAGAUUAUUCAAUCAUUAAUAAAAAAAACUAUUGUAAUAAUAAAAAAAAUUAAUUAAUUAAUUGUCAUGAAGAAAUAUGGGAGAAGUGAUCUAUUAUAUUAAUAAAAAAAAUUGAUUUAGGAGCAUCAUUAUAAUUUCCAACUAAAAGUUAAUGAAGUUUUUUCUUGAUUCAAUAAUUUGGUUAAGGUUUCCAGCUGAGUUUAUUUCAAUAAUUAUCUUUAUGAUGUCAGUUUUCUACUCCAAUUAGUUUUCAGAAAAGAUAACAUUUCAUUCCUUCAACUGAAAAUACUUUUAUUCACAAAAUUUCUGAAUGUGAAAAAUAGGAAAGAAGGAUUUAAUGAGUUUUAAUAAAGAGCAAAAUAUUCUGAUACUUGAAGCCUUUAAUAUCAUUUACAGUUAUAAAUCAUGCUACUAAUGAAUGAACUUUGAUGUGUAGAGUCAGGAUGCCUUUAUUGAAUAAAAAAAGACAUUAAUUGAAGAACAAAUCAUGGCUGAUUGGAAUUGCACAGUAUAUAUAAAUUGCUCACAAGGACCAGAUGAAGAAUACAUAGCAUUUCGUAACCAGACCAGAUUUUGGAUCCAAAGAGUCUUGGUACCAAUUAUAACAGUUAUAGGUGUAGUGGGUAACAGUAUAACCAUCAUGAUCAUGUCACGACGUCGCAUGCGUUCGUCAACUAAUCACUAUCUAGCAGCUUUAGGCGCAGUCGAUAUGUUGUAUUUGAUAUUCAGUUUUAUUCUAUCUUUAUCACACUAUCCAGAUUUCCAUGAUAUUAAAUAUUACAGUUAUUGGAGGUUUAGACCAUUCGUGUUAAUGUUGGUUGAUACAUGCAGUAAUACUUCAGUAUGGUUAACUGUAACUUUCACUGUUGAGCGCUACAUUGCAGUAUGUCAUCCCAUAAAAGGGAAAAUAUUAUGUACAGAAUCAAGAGCUAAGAAGGCAAUUUUCAGUAUUUUUCUCAUAUGUUUGACGUUUACAGUACCCACACCAUUCGAACACAAGAUCGACGAAUCAAAUAUACCAUUUUUGGACUUAACCUAUUCAGAUUUGGGAAAAAAUCCUUUAUACAGAAGAAUCUUCUACUGGUUGACGACUAUCUUGUUCAUAUUCCUACCACUAAUUUUAUUGGCAAUAUUUAACUCCUUUCUCAUACGUUCCCUUCAUACUUCAAAAGUUCGUAGGAAGACAAUGACAAGAAGAAACGAUAACAGAGAUUCUUCAAGACAGGAACGCAAAAUUACUAUUAUGUUAGUAUCUGUUGUUAUAUUGUUUUUCAUUUGUCAACUACCCACAGCAACUGUACUUAUAUAUCAAACAUUUCACGAAGUACCACGCAACAGUAACGAAGACAUAAUAUUUGAGAUUUUGGGCAACGUAUUUAAUUUUUUAAUGGGGAUCAACGCGGCUGGAAAUUUCGUAUUGUACUGUGUCCUGAGUCAAAAAUAUCGAACUACCUUUCUACAGACAUUUUGCCCGUGUUUAAAAGGUAGAAUUUAUCAUCUUCAUUCUGUGUACCAAAAUACCUUGUAUACUUCAAACGGUCGAGAUAGCCCUCGAGUUUCACACAAGACUCUAUCUCUGAAAGAAGAGAAUGGUAAAAUUUUGAUGGACCAAGAAGCCAAUUUGAGCGAAUAUUCUGGAUCGUGGAAAGGAAAAAAUCCUCAGCAAGUGGUUUUCCGCGGAGGAAUGCCGCCAAGAGAAUCGGACUGUAAUCUCUAACAUUCUAUUAAAAUUAUUUGCUUAUAGUACUAAUAUAUAUACAUACAUACAUAUAUAUAUAUAUAUAUAUAUAUAUAUUUCUGAUUUAACAUAUCGUUCGUUUAAGCACCCAAAUGUGUAUGUGUUCAUUAUGUUGUAAUAAAUGCAAGUGGCU